CUACAAUCUAGCAUGACCACUCAGCCGAACACUAGCAUACCACACCAUACUCAGGAAAGGAGCAGCAUCGCGACCUCAAUCUCGAGUCAGUUGAGUGGGUCUACUCAAUACGACAGUUCCAGGAGACCUUCAGAAUACGGUCAUUCGGAGCCUCCAUCACGCAAGAGGAGUCGUGCUGACGAAUUCCAAUCGGACUCUCAAGAAUCUCCCAUGUACAACUCUAAUCUAAGUCUUAAUAUACCUGUCAUGAUGGGAUCGACCGGGCAUCAGACUUCAAACCUUGUUUCUCCGUUUCAAUUCCGCGCUCCGCAGCUCCCACAAGCAACCUCUACAGACCGAACAGUCGACGGCGACACACAACAGCUACAGUCACAGCAAGCAUACAGUUCUACAGAAACGCUGCAUACGAACCAGCACCAUCACCACCAUUUACCGCCUCAUUCUCCCACACUCAAGCGAACCAAGCAUGGUGAAGAGGCUCUACCUGCAGGCGACCCGGGUCCUCCUAGUAUGGUCGGAAGGGAAGGAAUGCCUGAACCUGCACCCAGACCGAAAGGCCCGAAGCUCAAAUUCACCCGAGAAGACGAUGCGUUACUUGUCAGAUUAAAAGAAACCAAGAACUUGACCUGGAAGCAGAUCGCCGAGUUCUUCCCUGGUCGAAGUGCGGGCACUUUACAGGUCAGGUACUGUACCAAGCUCAAAGCGAAAACCACUCUGUGGAACGAUGAUAUGAUCCAACGUCUCCGUACAGCAAUGCAAGACUACGACAACGACCGCUGGCGGUUCAUCUCGAGUAAGGUCGGUAGUGGCUUCUCAGCUGCAGCAUGCAAAGCAAAAGCAGAAGAGAUAGAGGCCGAAGAUAUGAGGGAAGAUCAUGGUGCAUCUUCUGGCUCUGAUGAUGAUCAGCAGGAUGACGUUGAUGGGGAUGGUGUUGAAGAGGAGGAUGCAACGGGUGAGGAAGAGACAUAA